CUGCUUACCGCAUCCGUUCUAAGGAGUAGUACUGGAUCAGGUGGCUUGAGGAUUGCAUCAGCUUGGUUUUUCUUUGACGCCGCUAAAGUUAUCCUGCUCCCUGCUGUCCUCAUGACUAGCUUAAGUCAAUGACCCUACCCGGUGGGGCUCCUCUGCAACGUUUACGGUCUACGGAGUUGACUGCCCGUCGCCUUUGCAAUUGCGCCAAAGCGGGGGCGGUUUUGAGUUCUUAUCUCAACAACUCGGAACCAGACGAAGUCGCGCGUGGCCCCCUCUCCUCCUUCUUGUGCGCUCUUACUUGGAGCCAGAGAGCGCAAACGCACACACGCAUCUUCUGCCUGGAGGAUUUCAGUCAGAGAACACACACCCUCGUGUCAUGAUGGAGUCUUCCACGUUCCAUCCGCACGGGUCGGGGCUGACCCCGGGAGGCCGACGGACUCUGGGGAUCGCACUGCUGCUGAUCGUAGUUUUCCUCUGGACGGCUUCCAAUUUCCUCGCCAGUACCAUCUUCGCCGACAACACGUACUCGAAGCCCUUCUUCGUGACCUACGUCAACACAUCCCUCUUCAUUCUCCCGCUGUUCACCAUCAUCGCCAGCCGGGUAUUUAGGCUCUGGCGCGCGGGAAAGCUGUGCCGCAUCCGCUCGGUGCAGAGCUUGCUGCAGCACCUCGAUGCGCACGAUACUCAUGGCCAAGGUCGACGGAUCUCGGGCUGGGGUGAUGAAGACGCGGGGAGCAGGGGCGGUAGCCCUGAGAGACGGAGGGAAGGUUCGUCCCGGCUGGGGUUGCGGGAGACUGCGAUGUUGAGCUUUCAGUUCUGUUUGUUAUGGUUUACGGCCAAUUACUUCGCUAUGGCGUGUCUGCAAUAUACGACGGUGGGAAGUACUACCAUCCUUACGUCAACUAGCGGAGUCUGGACCCUCAUCUUCGGCGCCCUCAUCGGCGUCGAACGCUUCACCGCGCGCAAACUCCUCGGCGUGAUCGCCUCCCUGCUGGGCAUCAUCCUGAUCUCGCGCCUCGACAUGUCCUCCGAGGAGCACAAAAACCGCGAAAGCACCUUUCCGUCGAAAACCAGCACGGAAAUCGCCCUGGGCGACGCCAUGGCCGCCUUCAGCGCCAUCAUGUACGGGGUGUACACGAUAGUGCUGAAAAAGCAGGUCGGGGACGAGUCGCGCGUCAACAUGCAGCUGUUCUUCGGGCUGGUCGGUCUGCUGAACAUGUUUAUCCUCUGGCCGGGCUUCUUGGUCCUGCAUUUUCUGGGAAUCGAGCCCCUCGCGUGGCCGGACUCGACCAGGGUGUGGACGAUCGUCUGGGUGAACGCGCUGGCGUCGCUGCUAUCGGAUCUGUGCUGGGCGUACGCGAUGCUGCUGACCACGCCGCUGGUCGUGACGGUGGGGCUGAGUCUGACGAUCCCGCUGUCGCUGGUCGGCCAGAUGGUGAUCCAGGGGGAGUAUGCGAGUCCCGUGUACUGGGUUGGGGCGACGGUGGUAUUUUGCUCGUUUCUGGUGGUCAAUCAUGAGAGUCGGGCCGAUUUAGGGGAACUACCUGACCCCCUCAUCAGGAGUAGAGGGAGGCGGAGGGGGAAUGCUGUCGGAGCUUCUUCGUCCGGGUACGAAGCUAUCCCUUCUGAUGGAGAAGAGGGUUCCUCUCAUCGGGAUUGAUCGUCCCUCUGUUGCCAGUAUCUCUGGACGCACGAGUCCUUGGGAUUGAAGUUUGAAUGGCGGUUCGUCCAUUUCGAAUUGGCAACUAUUGUGGUUACCUAGUAUAGGAUGGAUACAUUACUAGCGUGCCAGUGCGUGCCUUUCAUGUUACGGUAGGUGCAAAUCAACCUAUUGAACGGAUAGAUGGGAACGUGCUUCGUUCCUUAUUCGUAUAUCACUGUAUGUUGAUUUGUAAGUUAUCGCUCUGAAGCAAAGGGCAACUGUAUGUAGUCUGCUUCCACCCGCCAGGAGACUUGUAUUGCGCACGGCGCAGGGGAAUAUACUACUGCUUGUAUGCCGCAGCUUAUGGUAAGCGACGGGCUCAAAUGCUACAUGCUCU